GUUUGAAAACAUUUACUAGUUGAAAAACAUGGCUGGCAAAAUUAAAGUUCCUGAUGACUGUAGUUAUAAAACAUUCUCUGUUUGCGAGAGUGUUGUUGACAGCAGCAGCAGAGUGGAGGAAGAUGGUGAAAACGACGGUCCAGCAGUGUUUAUGUGCGGCAAAUGCAAGCUGACCAUCGGUGACAGUCUGACCUGGGCAGGCAGUGAUGACGAGCAGAACCAAAUCAUGCUCAAACGUAUCACUGACAAUAUUGUCAUAGGGAAAGAGCCCUUUGUUUCUGGUACCCGAAAGGAGCUUGGAUGCCUUGUUGUGAAUCUCACCUGCCGUGGCUGUUGUUCAGAAUUAGGAAUCAUGUAUAUAUCAACCCCCAAAAAGCUUGAUUACAAGAGAUCACUUUUCUGCUUUAAUGUUGAAAAUAUUGAAAGCUAUGUAGUGGGCAGUCCAGGCCAGCAGAUGCCAGAAUUAGACAGACAGGACAGACCAGUGACCCUGGAGUACCAGAACAUUGUGGAGCAGCAGAUGACAGAGAUAAAAUCCCUAGCAGUGAUUAUAGGACAACGCCUACUGGAGAUUGAAACUAACCUCCAGUGCGGUUCUGGAAAAUGAUGUGAGAUGUUACAAAACAAUGUCUGUUUUAUGUAAAAAUCCCACGUUUGUCAUGAUUUUGUUUGUCCGUUUUUGGACUCUUUAGUGUAAGAUCUUUUGUCUGACAGUUAUGUAUUUAUAUGCAUGUACUAUGCAGCUGUAUGCAAGUGACACAUCUGUAAUGUCCUACCUUUGAAACACAUUCUAAUAGAUGUCCUUGGAUAUAGAUACAUACAUAUAUUAGAUGUUAUAACAAAAAUUGUAUUGUUCUUUAAAAGUUGCUGUGCUGUAUGUUAGGAAAAAAAGCUCUUAUUGGAAAGCAUGUGUUUGCUCCCAUUUUAUAUUUUGUCAUAAGUAAUCCUUGUGUUGUUGUCAUGUGAUGCACAGGGUGAGACUGCACAAUAAAUAUAAUAUUAAAGCAU